AUGCCGCCGAAACGGAAGGCAGAAAGUACAACAACAAUGACCGACAGCGUUGGAACCCCGUCAAAGCGGGUGCGCAACUCUGAGUCUGAUGCUGAGGGGGAAAUUGUUUCUGAGGCUACCCCCCAGACUGGCGAGAAGAGGAAGCGUGGUCGCCCGCGCAAGUAUCCCGAGGGCACUUUCCCCAAGCCCUCUACUGAUGGUCCCAAGCGCGGCCGUGGACGUCCCCGCAAGAUUCUCACCGAGGAGGAAACUGCUGCAGCUGCCGCUCAAAAGGAGGCAUCGGCUGCAGAUGGUCCCAAGAGAGGGCGCGGGCGUCCUCGCAAGGAACCAGGUACCGAAACACCGAAACCAGCAACUACAACCCCGAAAAAGAAGGACGGUCGAGGCAGGCCUCGCAAGAGUCUGCCUGCCAAUGGUACGGAGGAUGCUGCUGAAACCAAAUCGAAGCCCGAGGCUACCCCAUCAAGCGUGCCCAAGGAGGAUGCCGGUCGCUCUUACUGGUUGAUGAAGGCUGAGCCUGAAUCACGCCUUGAGAAGGGUGUGGAUGUCAAAUUCUCCAUUGAUGACUUGGCUGCGACGGAGACCCCAGAGCCAUGGGACGGAGUUCGAAAUGCGGUUGCUAGGAAUCUCAUGCGUGACAUGAAGAAGGGAGACUACGCUUUUUUCUACCACUCCAACUGCAAGACCCCUGGAGUUGUAGGAGUUAUGGAAAUCGUGCAAGAGCACUCAGUUGAUGAAUCCGCCUUUGACUCCAAGCACCCGUACUACGACCCCAAGUCCACCCGCGAAAACCCCAAGUGGGUCGUUGUUCACGUUGAAUUCCGCUGCAAGUUCAAGAAACAGGUCACAUUGAAUGACCUGAAGACUCACGCCCAGCCCGGAAAGGCCCUGGAGAACCUGCAGACCAUCAAGCAAUCACGACUUAGUGUUUCCUCAGUGACCCCAGCACAAUGGCGUUACAUCUUGGAGUUGGCUGGUGAAGAUCCAAGCCAGCUGCUUAAGACGGAGUUUGAUGAUGAAAGUGAUUAG